GCCUGUUAUUGUUUACGGUCACACUGAUGUAAAGUAGGUCAUGGAAAAGGAAAGCUUGGCCAGACACUCGUUCAGUUGCCGUGUGUCAUCCAAGUAGCAAUAGGUGGCUUCGGGGAGCGGCGUCUCUGCGGUGUUGUCAGUCAUUUUACGUGAGUGCUGGCUCCGAACAACGGUCAGGUAACGUUAACGCUAUCCUUUUAUCGAGGACUGGUAGCAGCACGCAGCUAACGAAAGCUAACUAGCUACUCUACGCUUGGUCUGAAGCUGCCUUCACCGGUCGAGUUAUUCCGCCUCCGGCCACCCUUUUCUCCUUACUUGGCUCAUAAACCGUGAACGUACUGCAGUCGGCGACGCGUGUCAGUGUACUAACCUAUAUAAACUCAUAUAGCCAGCAGUCUGACUUGAAUUGUGACGCCGCUGACCUUGUUAUAGCCUGCUAACAUGUUAAUGCAUGCGCGGUUCAGCGGGUAGCGUUAGCUGCUCUCGUUAGCUGAGCUAGGCGGCUAACUAGAGCUAGUUAGGACAACAUCAGCACGUCAAAGGGUAAUAAUUUUACUCAUGAUGCCAAUGACUUGUGGAUUGGGACCAGGCUACUAACAGUUAGCGUUAGGUUAAGUUGUUAAGCUGGACUGAUGCUGUUCUCCCAACAUCUGGACUAAACCUGAACUGGCUGUCAGGUUCUCAUACAGGUGAGACAGGGAGUCGCUGCCAUGUCUAGACGGAGCAGGAACAGUCGUGCAUGGAGAUAUGUCUGGGGUGGGAUACGGCGGGAUGCUGAUGCCCGGGCACUUGUGUUGGCCUCUGAAAGUGAUGAAUGGAGCUAUGACCACCUCGAGUACAGUGAUUCAGACUCUGAGGCGGACUUUUCAGCAGUGAUGGUCCCUCCAGUCCCCAGUGCAGUGCCUGUCACCGGAGAGUCCUACUGUGGCUGUGAUUCUCAGGCGGAGUCCAGUUACAACCCUCGUCUGCGAGGUUUUCACCAAGUUAAAGACUGCCACUGUGGAGAGGAUGACCAAGAAUUUGACUGGGUGUGGGAUGUCAACAGCCGUUCGACAGCAACAUUACUGAGCUGCGACAAUCGCAAAGUGAACUUCCACUCUGAAUACAGCUGUGGUACAGCUGCAAUCCGUGGCUCUAGAGAGCUGGCUGAAGGGCAGCACUUCUGGGAAAUCAAGAUGACAUCCCCAGUGUAUGGAACAGACAUGAUGGUUGGUAUUGGUACUUCUGAUGUCAACCUAGACAAAUACAGACACACGUUCUGCAGCCUUCUGGGAAAAGAUGCAGACAGCUGGGGUCUUUCUUACACUGGCUUGUUGCAUCACAAAGGAGACAAGAUGAACUUCUCCUCUCGGUUUGGACAGGGAUCCAUCAUCGGAGUCCAUCUGGACACGUGGCACGGCACGCUUACUUUCUUCAAGAAUCGAAAGUGUAUAGGUGUUGCUGCCACAGAGUUACAAAAUAAGAGGUUUUAUCCGAUGGCGUGCUCCACAGCAGCGAAAAGCAGCAUGAAGGUGAUCAGAUCUUGCUCCGCGCCCACCUCCCUGCUGUACCUCUGUUGUGCUCGCCUUCGCCAGCUGCUGCCGGACUGUAUACACACCCUGGACGUGUUGCCAUUGCCGCCAGGCCUCCGUCAGUUGCUCCACAACAAACUGGGUUGGGUGCUCAGUCUCAAUAGUGGCGCCACAGAAGAAACCCCAGAUGGGCCUGAGCAUCCCUCGCGAUUGCCCGUCCCUCCCUUGCCUGGACCGUCCUCCUCUGAGAGUGACUCAGAGGGUUGUACAUCUGACCCCGAAGCCUGUCAGAGGAAAAGAUGCCGCUGGACAUGACUGGACAGCUCAAAUCCUACCUCCUCUUAAACACUGGCAGAGGUUACUGUCCUAUGGCAUCUAAUCUAGUGUUACUUAACUGCCUCAAGCUUUCCUCAACAUCAGUGUUAACACAGGAAAAUAACCAGGAUCGUCUGAGCAGAGAGGAGUGGUAACGUAGGCGGAAAACUGCAACGGCAGCAUUUCUGCCUGCACAUUUUAUUACUGUGAUCUUCUCUCAUGCCAUGUUAUUUUGUCAGCUAGCAUAAUUUGUUGCAGUUUUGUUGCCAUUCAUGAACGGAGAUGAGUGAAAAUUGUGAACGAAUGGAGCAGUCAAGUGUACAGUGUGACAGUGAGGAAAAGCACGGCCAAAUUUCUGGUGGCUAUCAUAGUAUAUUUGCAAAAAAGGGGGUUUCAAAAUUGAAAGACUGUAUAGAUAUUUUCAUCGUCCUGUAUGCAAAAAAUGUAUAUUGUUCUCAACCUUAACGCUAUCCAUGCAUCAUCAAAAUAAUCUGUUACUUGUUUUACUGGCAUCUGUGAUUUUCUGUUAGGUUUCCAACAUGAGAAUCAGUUGAUAUUUUUUAUUUCUUACCUACAGCUCAUAGCUCUAAAACUAAAACUGUCUUAAUUUAGGAAAAUGUUAGAAGGAGCUACAAUGAACAUGAGUGCAUUUUGCAGCUUUUAGUCCUCCAACAAUGAAAUUAUUCCCUUUUCUCUUUUAUGGAUCAGCCAUCAUCUCCAAACUACUCAUGUACAUCUGAUAUCACAUCAUCAGUCGAUUGGGGGAAAAAGUUACGAGUGAAAUAUUUUUACAUUCAUGUCAACAUCCACCUGCCAUCUGCUUUUCAGAGCCUCCUAUUGAAAAGUCACACUAGUCGUUUGUGGGAACUAUGGAUUUCCUCUUUUCUAAAAGAUGUAAGCAGAAUGCAUUGUUUAGAGUAGCUCUUAAAUGUUUCAUGAGGCUAAUAUGUCACUCAAAUGAGACUGUUGCACCUUUCAUCACUGUUACACCUAACUAUCGUUUUUUUUAGAACUUUUUAAAAAAGUUAGUUUGUUCGAUUGACAAAACAUGAGAUUAUGAGAAGUUUUAAUGUUAAGAUUUUUUUUGUACUGAUCUGUUUAUGCAACGCCAUUGUUUUGGUUUUUCCCAAGGCCUUGUUCCAUCUCUUUCCUUAAGAACACCUCUGGACUUUAAUUCACUAAGCUCAUACUCAGUUCUAAAUCUUUUAAGUAUCAAACACUCAGCCCCUCUUGGCCUAAAACAUGGCUGUAGGAAGGUGUUAGUUUCCCCAUUAAAGGGGAACACCUGCUGUGGUCAGCUUGAAUUUUGAAUUUCACAGCAGAAGAUGAGUUUUAGCAUAGAAACUUCCUGCACUGUUCCUGCAGAACAGAAUACUCUCAGCUCUCUGUGUAUGUUUCAUGUGUUUUAACAUUUAUACAUAUAUUUAAAAUAUGGUUGUAUAUGGCUAAAACACAGUUUAAAUAUUCCUCUACUGUCUAAGAACAAUCCCAACACUGACUAAAGCUGUGGAUUUAGCCAUGUUCUGCCAUACCUACAUCAUUUGGAAGAUACUGAGCACAUGAAAGGACAGCAGAGAGGUGGACUGUACCACCUGAGUGGUCUGCAACAUUUUUGUGGAUGUUUUCAUAUGUCUGAAAACUUGUUGUGAAACACAGACUUUUUACAGUCACAUUUGAAGCCUGCAGGGACUGAGUGGGUUUAAAAGAUGAAUUUAAGUAGUAAUUGAUCGUGUAUAACUGAGGAGGGGAUCAUUACCCCUGGGUCAGAUAUAUAAAUAGUUCUCUGUUUCAAAUUCUUCAGAGCUCAGUACCAAACCAUAACAAUUUAAGUAUAAUAAUAGUGUUUGACCUGGGUGUUGAAGCUACACAGUUUGUGAGCUGCUGCCUCAGUCUGCCCGUCUCCGAUCAUGUUCACUCCUCAAGGUCUUGGUUUAAGUAGAUAUACAGAAAGAUUUAAGGUACUAUGCAAUCCAAGCAUUUUCUGUGGUAAUGGUUUUGAGAAGGAAUGGGUGUGUUGGGGUGCCAUUAUGGAGACACUGGCACAACAACAGUGGUGAAGAUACCAGAGGACCAUGCUCAUCUGUCCUGAGUAAUAACACAACUUAAUUCUGUCCAGCUGUAUAAUGGUUUAUCAGAAAUCUCUCUAUGUAGAUCCAGUAAUGUAACCACAAAGAGGUUAGUUGUUGUCCAGCAGAUGUAUUUUUUAUCUUCUUUCACUGUAUUUGUCUUCACAUUGAUGCAUCCAAGCACUUUUUCUUACUGUUAUACUGUAAAUAGGUAAAUUCUAAGUGUUUCUUCUAUACCAUGUUAUAUUAAUAAUACUGUAUGUGCAGGCCUUUACUGGCCUUUUUCUGUAUAACUGAUCAGCAUGAUUUUCAGCUGAAAAUAAAAUGAGUGCUAAAUAUG